CCUCAAGGCGGAGCCUCCUGCUGCCGCGCGCCAAGUUCGUAUCUUGCAGCCGGACGCCGACCCCGCUCCGCUUCUUGUUCUCGGCCUCCGCCGCCGCCAUGUGCUCCGUGGUCCCCGGCUACUCCCCCGGCUUCAAGAAGCCUCCCGAGCUGCUGCGCCUGAAGAGGAAAAGGGCGCGGAGAAGCGACGCGGAGCCCGGCCACUCUCCCAGCGCCGCCGCCGCCCCUUGCGCGCUGGGCGGCUCGGCUCUGUCCCCUCGGCCUUACCCGGGGAGCCGCAGGCGCAACCCCUUCUCGAGCCGGGAGAACAGCCCGCGCCCUCCGCCGGGGACAGGCCAGUCCCUCUCUCCGGCCCGGAAACCGAGGGCGGGCGGCGCCCCCAGCUGCUCCCGCGCCCAGUUUAUAAAUGGUCUGCAAGACGACGAGUCUAUCUGGAAAGAAGAGUUUUCUGAAGCAGCACCUGUUGACUCAUUGAUCAAUGACCCAUAUCUGGCCGUUUCCAAUAGUGAUGUUUCUUCCUCACCAAGUUAUGAAUUUCCUGCGGACUGGAGUAUUAAAACUCGCCUUCUGUUCACAUCUUCCCAAUCAUUUGCAUGGGCAGAUCACUUAAAAGCACAAGAAGAAUCCCUAGGAUACGUCCAGCAUUGUAGAGGAGCAUUAAUAAACUUGCCUCAAAGUAUUCAGGAACCGAAGCUCUCCACAGAACUCCGAUGUGCUUUCCAGCAAAGCCUUGUAUACUGGCUUCAUCCUUUCCUGCCGUGGCUAAAGCUGUUCCCUCGUAUUGGAGCGGAUAGAAAAAUGACUGGGAAAAAUAAUCCUUGGUCAUAUGAUGAAGGGCUCCAACAAGUUCUCAUGAGUGAAUGGUGUCUCAGUUUUACCUCCCUUUAUAAUCUGCUGAGAGCCAAGCUUUGCCCCUAUUUCUACGUUUGCACUUACCAGUUCACUGUGUUGUUCCGUGCAGCAGGGCUUGCUGGAAGUGAUGUGAUCACUGCGCUAAUUUCACCCACAACUAGAGGCUUAAGGGAAGCCAUGCGAAAUGAAGGUAUUGAAUUUUUGUUACCUUUUCAAGAAGUUAGAAAAAGGAAAUCGAAUGUGUUGGCAUCCCACUUAGAAACAGGACUUGCUAGUGACUCUGAAACAGCAGGCAAGGAUGCUGAGAAUGAAGAGGGACGAGGAAUGAGUGAUGUUGAUGACGAUGAAGGAUUUUCAUGGUUGGAGGAGAUGGGAGUACAAGACAAGAUUAAAAAGCCAGAUACAAUUUCUAUUAAACUCUGUAAGGAAAGAAAUGAGGUACAAAUGGAUCACAAGCCCGAAUCUGUUGUGCUGGUGAAAGGAACAAACACAUUCACUUUGCUAAACUUCUUGAUAAAUUGCAAGAGCUUAGUGGCUGCUGCAGGCCCUCAGGCUGGCAUCCCUCCAACACUGCUGUCACCAGUUGCCUUUAGAGGGGCAACAAUGCAAACACUCAAGGCUCGAAGCAUAAAUGUGCGGACACAGGUCCAAUCACGUUACAAAGAUUUAUUUAGUCUGGAGAUUGUUGGUCCUGUCAUGCCUCACUCUAUGCAUUCCUUGUCCAUGCUGCUCAAAUCUGCUCAGAAUGGAUCUUACUCUGCUGUGUGUUAUACACAUGACCCAACAGCAGUGUUCAACACAAGCAUCAGUAAUGAACAGAGCAUAAAAGAGGAACCCCAUAGCAAGGACCUUAAGAAGUGUGGAUUGCAUCCUAACACUUUAGAACAGCUUACUCUUUCUCCAACAUUAGGAAAGUCAUCCAUAAGGCUCCUAGAAAUGAACAAUUAUGCCUACACAUGGAAAGCCUAAACAAGCAAUAUCGGUUAAUGAAGAAUUGCCAUUGGUGUUCCUGAGAUGUUUAAGCCAUGUUGGGUGGGUACAAUAGCAUUCUGCCAAUAACAAACUGUACAUGUUAAUGUGCAAAACCUACUGGCUAGAUUAGCCUUCCUAAGCAGAGUUGAUGGAAAACUGCCUAUUCUGUGUUGUAUAGUGAACUCAACCUUUGCCUUUUCCCCCCCCGAUUGAAACCUUUAUAUUUAUAGAUUUUUAAUUAAACUUUAACCCUAGAA